ACUUGGCGACCGCUGCGUGCCACCUGUUUCUCGGACUCUUCAUUUCUCUCCCCGUUUCUCUCCCUCUCUCUCGAUUUCUCUGGAGGCCAAAGCUAAGACCAAGAACCCAAACCAACUGCAUCCCUACGAUUCUCUCGCAACUCGCUGCGCAACAAGGGAAGGUAUCCGCAAGACGAAAGAAGGGAAUUCCCAGAUGAGGUCGAUUGUCUCGCGUUUGAUCUACUCAAAGUCCUCCAUCUCUCGAUUAUACACAUCAGGUCUGUUAAGAAAUGGCAGGUUAUUGUCUACUGAUUCUAAUCAUGUAGAUGAGCCUUUUAAAGUAGAGGAAGCAGAGACACUCAAUGUGCCGCCUCCUCCAUCAGAUAAGUUGCUAGUAUUGGGCGGCAGUGGCUUUGUUGGUUCACAUGUUUGCAAAGAAGCUUUAGAGCAAGGCUUGUCUGUUUCUAGUCUUAGCAGAUCUGGAAGGUCAUCGAUACGUGAAUCAUGGGCUGAUAAAGUUGCGUGGCACCAGGGAAACCUUCUUGUACCUGAUUCAUUGAAGGAUGUUAUGAAUGGUGUAACUGCUGUGAUAUCAUGUGUUGGAGGCUUUGGGUCAUAUUCUCAUAUGUAUAAGAUCAAUGGAACUGCAAACAUCAAUGCUAUCAGAGCAGCUUCUGAGCAAGGCGUAAAAAGAUUUGUAUAUAUCUCAGCUGCUGAUUUUGGUCUCGUAAAUUAUCUGCUACAAGGUUAUUAUGAGGGAAAGAAAGCUGCUGAAGCAGAGUUGUUAUCAAAAUUUACAUAUGGAGGAGUUGUGCUCAGGCCCGGUUUUAUACAUGGGACUCGCCGAGUUGGGAGUAUGAAAAUACCUCUAGGUGUUAUUGGGUCACCACUGGAGAUGGUCCUGCAGCGUGCGAAACCACUCAAUCAAAUCCCACUUGUGGGUCCUCUCCUCACUCCUCCAGUGAAUGUUACAACUGUUGCAAAGGUUGCUGUGAGAGCUGCAACGGAUCCAGUUUUUCCUCCAGGCAUUGUUGAUGUGUAUGGUAUCCUGCGCUAUGGUGAGCAAAAGUGACAUCUCUCCCAGAGGAAAUGGUCACAAAUCAGCACCAUCUCAAGGUUAAAAAUUUGCUAUUGUUCUUCCCAUACAGGCCACAAAGGAUGAUAAAUAUUCGUUUCAUCAAAUUCUGGCCAAGCAAUAAGAAUGCAUGAGUUUAUGCAGAGCUCAACUCCCGUCCGUUUUCAUGCACCCAGUUUUCCAUGAAUGGUUAUUUUGGUGUAAAAAUCGCUUUUCCUUAUAAGAUUUGGUUCUUAAAUUGGCUUCUAUGCCUUGGCUACAUGUCCCAUGUUCUGCCAAAAAUUUGGUCGAUAGCUAAUGAUCUGGCUUGUGAUAA